AUGCAUAUGAUGAUGAUGAUGAUGAUGAUGAUGAUGAUGCAUUACAGACUUGCUCAUGUCAUCCUUGUAAAUGGUCGAGGUCAUUUCAUUUCACACUGGACCAGUGGUUCUCAUCGCUCUCAUCGAUCUCAUCGCUCUCAUCGCUCUCAUUGCUCUCAUCUAGCCAGCCGUCACAGUCGUAGUGUUGAAAAUCAUUUCUACCUCAAUAUCACAACAGACAGUGAGAUUUUUCAUCUUAAACUUUCUCACAACUGGCAUUUAUUGGCCCCUGGGUUCAAAGUUUACCUUCGGCAUGGAAGCAAUAAUACCAAUUCCAUGGAAACAGAGACUUUAUCACACACCGAUGAUUGCAUGUACAGAGGCGAUGUUGUCUCCCAUUCUUCAAAUGUGGCUGUGGCACUCUGCCGAGGGGUGGCAGGAGUUUUACAAUUACCAGAUGAGGACUAUGUCAUCGAGCCACUGGCCGAACAUUUCUAUGUAAAAAACACAUCUACAUCUCAACAUAAUCACCACGGACCUCACCAUCACCAUGGACUUCACCAUCACCAUGGAUACGGCCAACCACAUGUCAUUUAUAAAAGAUCAGCUGUGAAUGGACAUGAACCUAGAUAUUAUGGAACUCAAAAAUAUGAUGAAUAUGUAUUCCCUGAGAGAAUAAAGCGAUCAUCUGCCACACAUAAUCAAAGACAGAGAACGUCACAUGACCGACAACAACAAGAAAGACUACGCCGACAGAGGUUGUUACACGAACGACGUCGUCAGGAAAGGAUGUCAAAUGAAAGACGUCGACAAGAAAUGUUACUGCGUGCUCGACGCCAACAGGAAAUGGCAAGAUCGAAAAAUGCCAGACGACAGGCGGAGAAAUUAUCAACUGUAAGACAACAACACGAGUCUUCUGAUUGGCGACGGAAGCAGUUCUCACGCACAAAAACAGUAGAGACCCUCGUUGUUGUCGACCAGCAUGUCUAUAAAAAACAUGGCCGACAGAACGUCACAACCUACGUACUCAGCAUGUUUAAUAUGGUGUCCCAGUUGUUUUUGGACGAUAGCCUUGGGUACAAGGUCAACAUCGUACUGGUUGGCCUCAUCAUUAUAGACGGAACAGAACCUGGACUUACCAUUAGUCACAACGCUGACAACACACUCAAUAGUUUUUGUCAAUGGCAAGCUGUGAUUGGAGGCAAACGACACCGACAACACGACCAUGCCAUACUCCUAACAGGACUUGACAUCUGUGCCUUACGAAACACUCCCUGUAACACAUUAGGAUUUGCUCCAGUGAAGGGGAUGUGUAACAGGCUAAGGAGCUGUAGUGUCACUGAGGACUCCGGACUGGCAACAGCAUUCACCAUCGCUCACGAAAUUGGUCACAAUUUUGGAAUGCUACACGACGGGACAGAUAAUUGGUGUCGGCCACAUGCCGGAACGAUCAUGUCGCCGACACUCAGCUCCAAAGGUGGUAUAUUCAAAUGGUCCGAAUGCAGUCGUAACUACCUUCAUAGGUUCUUCAACACCAUUCAGUCAAGUUGUUUGGUAGAUGAACCACAGGCAGUAGCAGAGUUAACGUUCCCAGAUAAAUUACCGGGGGAAAUCUUCAAUGCAGACACCCAGUGUCAGUGGCAAUUUGGGAGACAUGCUAGCCUCUGUAUCUUUGACUUUGGAAAGAGAGAGAUUUGUCAGAAACUUUGGUGUUACAAGGGUGGUAUGAUGUGUGAAACAAAGUUCCUCCCUGCGGCCGAUGGCACGUCAUGUGGUGCCGGUAAGUGGUGUAGACAAGGUCAAUGUGAAACCUAUGGUGUCCGAGGUCCUCUUCCUGUGAAUGGACAGUGGUCAACAUGGUCUGAGUGGUCAGCUUGCUCUAGGACCUGUGGCGGAGGGGUUAAAGGUCGUAAAAGACAGUGUAAUGAUCCAUUGCCGCAGUAUGGAGGAGAACCAUGUAGUGGGACCCAUAACAUGAGUAAACUGUGUAACUUACAGAGCUGUGGGGAAAACAGCGCUGACUUUCGCAGCGUUCAGUGUGAGGAAUACGAUGAGAAGGCGUUCCGGGGAUGGAAUUAUAAAUGGAAGCCUUACCGACGGAUCUUUGAUGUCCAAGACCAGUGCAAACUAUACUGCCAGGCCGACGGAUACAACUUUUUCUAUGCCCUCGCCAAACAGGUCGUGGAUGGCACACGUUGUAACGAAUACUCCAGUGACAUAUGUGUCCAAGGACAGUGUCGUUCUGUAGGAUGUGACCUUGUUAUUGGGUCUCCGGCCAAGAAAGACAUCUGCGGAAUGUGCAUGGGCGAUAACUCCACAUGUAAUGUGUUUGGAGGCUCCUAUGAAAGUCAACCAGAAAGAAAUCGAUAUUUCCCCAUUGUCGUUAUCCCCAAGGGAGCACGAAGCAUCGUCCUACGCGAGACAUCACUCUCUACUAACUACCUCGCCCUUCGUAACAUUUUUGGCAAAUACUAUCUCAAUGGGGACUGGCACUUGAGUACCGAGGGGUCUUACACUGUGGGAGGCGCUAGAUUUAUUUACAAACGAAGCUAUCGGGAGCCGGAAAGACUGGAGUCUGAUGGUCCCCUCUCGGAGGACAUUGUUCUGGAGUUGCUGUCACAAGGCGUGAAUCCAGGGAUAUUGUACCAAUAUGCCAUGCCCAAAGUUUUACCAAAAGUGUAUGCAGUUCCUCAUAACCACACGUGGAGCGUGAAGCUGACUCACUGUAGUGAACAAUGUGCGGGAGGGGUCCAAACAUCUACUGCUCACUGUUCUCGUGAGGAUGGUGAGGAGGUCAACCCUCGUCUCUGUGCCCAAAGGUCGAAACCAAAAACAGGCGUGUCUUCCUGUAAUGUCAAACCAUGUACCCCAAGGUGGUUUACUGAGCCUUGGGGUGACUGCACAAAAUCGUGUGGGGGAGGAAAACAAAAGCGCCGAGUAUAUUGUCGGCAGAAAAUCUCACAGAAGGAGGAUCGUCGAGUCAGUAAACGACGCUGUGACAAAAAUCUCCGUCCAGCAAAAAAGAUUGCAUGCAACACACAAGAGUGUCCACCAGCUUGGCACAUGAAAAAAUGGUCAGAGUGUUCAACUACAUGUGGUUCUGGUACGAAGACACGGGAGGUGAGUUGUCGCAGUCGUACUAGUCGUGGUCCAAUCCAACUCCCGGCCACCAUGUGUCAACAUCAGCCUGUUGUUCCCACCACCAGGAAAUGCCACGUGAUCAAAUGUCCACCUAUCAUAACAUACCAGUGGAUUGUAUCCACCUGGACCGAGUGUGCAUCAUCUUGUGGUACCGGGGUCCGUACAAGGAAGCUCAAGUGUGGCAACCAAAAAGAUGGGCGAGUAUGGAAGAUGGAUAGCACUGCAAUGUGUCAGAAUCUCGAUCGACCGGACAUUCCACUGAAAGAAGAAUGCCAGCUCCCAGCAUGCCCGGAAGAGGAUCAUCCAUUUUGGUUCUCAUCGCCUUGGUCCCAGUGCUCUGUGACUUGUGGGGCCGGGAUUCAGACUCGUCUCGUCCACUGUAUGGACAAACAGACCCAAGGCCUAGCGUCAGGAUGUCCAGCUCGCACAAAACCGUUGUCCAGACGCAGAUGUCAGACUACUACUUGUCCAGCACCAGAUCCAUUGUGUAUCGACCAUUUCCGGUGGUGCCACCUUGUUCCAAAACAUGACAUAUGUAAUCACCAUUUUUAUGGACGUAAGUGUUGUUUAUCAUGUAAAACCAAAGUAUGACGACGACCUAUAGAAUAUAGACCAAUCAUAUCGAAGACUAGGCAUUAACAGCUGCAAGUACCAGCAUUUGGAAUUAGUUCGUUUGAAAGAGAUAAGCAAUGUAACGGAGAGGUAACAAGGUACUCCAAACCACGUUGAUAAAAAAAUGAAGGAUGGAUUCCCAAAAUUCCUAAAGAAUACUUCAAAGGAACGAUGUUGGACGAUUGUAUGCAAUAUCAAUGCUCACACAUUCAAGGAUUGUAUUCCACAUUCUCUUGUGCAGAGGUCAGUUUGGAGCGAUAAUCGAUGCAAGGUCCAGGGAACAUAUCGUAUUGCAUUAUAAAUGUUUUUUUUUCCCGAUGCAGUAACCUAAUCAGACAAAUCGUACGCACAAACGGUCGUGAAAAGUGAUUUACUUGUACACACUUGUAAAACAUAGUAUUUGUUUUCUUGGAAAACAUUAUACAUCCUAUUUGGAAAUUGUGCAGUUGGAGUUAUA